AUGAUCACCAUGCGCCGUUUCGCCCGCUCGGCCACGGCUACUCCCGUUCAGCGGGUGUUGAAAAAGCACGUGGUGGACUACGUCAUCCACGAGGGUCCAUUCAUCAACGCCGAGGAAGAGCAAAAGGCCAUGCAGAAAGCCAUGGACGCCAUCACAAGUUUAUGCAGACACAGGGUCCUAUACUGGUGCGUCGUUGGGUUCGACCAGGAAGGCGACAACCUCAUCAUGCGCGUCUUCAGCUCUGGGCUCGAGUGGUGGCCCCGAGUCUUGGGUUUACCCGAGGAGAGAAGUUCCAGUGAAUACGAGGGCACGCAGAACGGUGCCCAGCAAGAAGUCAGUCGCUUCCGUUGCGGCCACUUCUUCGUGCGAGGACCGAAGCGGCCGGCGGAAACAGACGUGGCCAUCUUGUGA